AUGCCUAUCAUCAAUCGCAAACGCCGGACUCAAGCAGAAGCCGAACCCUCACCUCCCCCAACGCGUCGCAGGCGGUCGCCCUCCGCUUCCGAUGCCUCUUCAGUUGACGAGGAAGUCGAUGGCGAUGAUACGCAAGGAGGAAGCAGCAAUGAUCAGAUGGUGAAGAAACUCGUGAGGCUGGCGCUGGCGAGCGAGUAUUCGAGGAUACCGAUCCGAAGAGCGGAAAUCAGUGCCAAAGUCAUGGCACCGAAUACGGGGCGUCAAUUCAAGCAUGUGUUCACGGAAGCCCAGGAGCAGCUGCACUCUGUGUUCGGCAUGGAAUUGACCGAGCUACCUGUGAAGGAGAAGGUCACCAUCAGUCAGAAGAGAGCUGCACAGCGCUCCGGGACUCAAGGAUCGAACCCGUCGAAAGCGUACAUCUUGACGUCCACCCUCCCUGCGCGAUACCGAAAACCUGGCGUUCUCCAACCUCCGAAAAUUCCCUCUACAGGAGCCGAAGCAUCCUACGUUGGCCUUACGACCUUCAUACUCGCUCUCAUAUACCUUUCCGCCUCACAGACAAUCUCUGAAUCUCGACUUGAGAAACACUUGAAACGUAUGAACGCGGACAACUACGUUCUGGCUGGUGAGAAGACGGAGAAAGUCCUGAAGCGGAUGGAAAGAGAGAACUACAUCGUAAAAGUGCGGGAACGGGAUGGAGGUGGUGAAGAGAGUGUGGAGUACAUUAUUGGGCCAAGGGGGAAGGUGGAAGUCGGUGAAAGAGGCGUUGCUGGGCUGGUGAGAGACGUCUACGGGAAGAAGGAUGCUGAGGCGGAUGAGCUGGAGCGGAGGCUUGUGAGGAGUCUAGGAGAGGUAGUCAUUGAGAAGAAGAGUACGAGGAAUGGCGGGGAGGAGAGAGAUAUGGAGGGAGAAAAGGAAAACGAAGGCGACGAGGUUGAAGCGGGGGCACAGGAGGCCGAGGAAGACGAGGAGCAGCAGCAGCAGGCUAAAGGCAGGAAAGGACGGAAGAAGCAGACCCCAAUGCAGACAAGACGAUCUUCAGGGCGGAACAAGAAGCGGGCAAGACAUGAAGAGGAGGAGGACGAGGAGGAAGAAGAGGAAGAGGACGGAGAAGGAGGUGAAGACACAGAGGAGAGCGACGAGUGA